AGUCUCCAUUCUACUUUACGACCGCAGCCGACCUGCUUCGGGAACGUCUCCCUUCCUUCGCUUUGCUCACCUGCAGCUGACUCAACCCUCACCAUGGUGUCAAUGGGGCGACAGAUGCUGGGCUUCGUCCUGGCGGUCAUCGGCUUCCUGGGCACCAUCAUCGUCUGCGCCCUGCCCAUGUGGAAGGUGACGGCCUUCAUCGGGGCCAACAUCGUGACGGCGCAGGUCAUCUGGGAGGGCCUGUGGAUGAACUGCGUGACGCAGAGCACGGGCCAGAUGCAGUGCAAGAUCUACGACUCCCUGCUGAUUCUGCCUCAGGACCUCCAGGCCGCCAGGGCCCUCGUGGUCGUGGCCAUCAUCGUGGCCGCUCUGGGGAUCCUCCUGGGCAUCGCCGGGGGCAAGUGCACCAACUUCGUGGAGGACGAACGCGCCAAAGGCAGAGUGGCCAUCGCCGCUGGAAUCGUCUUCAUCUGCGCCGGCGUCCUGGUCCUCAUCCCCGUCUGCUGGUCCGCCAACACCAUCAUCAGGGACUUCUACAACCCCAUCCUGACCAACGCCCAGAGGAGAGAGCUGGGCGCCGCGCUCUACAUCGGAUGGGGCACCGCUGCACUUCUCAUCCUCGGCGGCGCCCUCCUCUGCAGCACCUGCCCCAAAAAAGACGGACCCGAGUAUCCAGUCAAGUACUCGGGCGCCAGGUCUGUGGCGUCCAGCCGGGCCUACGUCUGAGGACCUCUGCUGCAGCGAGAGAGACUGUGGGUGAUUUCCACUGUGCAGAGCCGGCCUCCUUCAUUCUGCGGUUCGGAUGGUGACACCCAGAGAGAAGAGACUUUUUCGAGAAAUUCAGAAUUGCUUGAUGGAGUGAGACGGUGUGUUUCAUCAUGGAACGAGAAACGCGGGGUGUGAAUUACAGUAGUGGCAAGAAAAAACCUCCAGCAGGCGUGAAGACCGGACUGAGCUGUUAAGCUUUUGUCAAUUGUAAUUAUUCUCUGAAUGUCUGCUGGAAAAUGUCAGCUCUGAUAGCAGAAUGUAAAAUAGUCCAAAAGAGCUGUGAUGGAGUGAAAUGUGCUCAGUACCACUGGUGUCUUGAGAACGUGUUUAUUUUUUCAGAUAUCUUUGUUGAAUGGAAAUACUAUAGCAUGAAUGUUUAUUUACUUAAAUUGCUGGUUUUUAAUAAAACUUUCACUAAAUAUUC